AUACCGAGCUUGAUUGGUCCGCUGUGGUAAACUCCUAUUGGAGCUUUGAUUGGCCGCGUUUGGUCGUUCUCGCGGUAGUUGAGCCCGCGUGUCAGUGGGCAGUCUGUGUGUGGUACUGCGAGUGCUGAAGAUACUGGGCAACGCGUUUGUGCGUCUGGAAGCAAACUUUUCACCAUCAAACCUUUAAAUUAAUCAAAUAGGGUUUGGUGAACUAACCAACAACCGGAUUUAUACGAAUUUCGAGCAACCAAGAAACGAGUCUUGACGAUUUAUAGCGGAGAAAAACGUCUUGAGGGCGAUUCUAGGCGCUGCUCUUCUAGGGUUGGGAUUGUACGUAGACCAGGCAGCCACGGAUUCCAACCAGCGCCUAAUACUGCUCGUAUAAGGUCACGAGUGGAGGACUUUAACAAUUGCUCCGUGCAAGGGAUUACCGCUGUAUUUACCGUCGCGCAAAGGAUUUUAUGGCGACAAAAGGUAACGCGGAAGAUAACUUUCAAAAGAAUCCACUUGAAAUCUACACCAUGAAACAAUUUCUCCUUCCUGUUUUACAACUAGUCAAAUAUCUAGUUUAUACGUUACUUUGACGUUCUACGUCACGUAGUGGCAAUAUUUUCGAACCCGAAUCUAUAAUUGUUUCAUUUAUUUACGAAUCGCUCCAAGUUCAUAGGGAAUCUGUUGUCUUUGUGUCUUAUCUCACGUUUAUGGCAUUAUUCAGUAAUCAUGUCGGGCUAAAUGGCAAACAAAUAGCAUUCAGGUAAUCUUGUUAUUGCAAGAAGUCUCGCAAGCAGCUUGUUAGUCACAGCUCGCGGCGCAGAUGACAAGAAGCAAAUGUGUGACUGGCUCAACGCAACUAUUCUGUGUUUACAGCACAAGCGCAGCUGAACGUUUGACUCUUAUUGGAGAUAAUGAGCCAACGAGCUGGGUUUUUAUCUCGCUCCUCGGCUGCGUGAAGGAUAUAGCGGUUAAGAAGUAGGAGAAACUCGCGUGGAUCCGGCGGACGGACGGGGCUUUGUGUGUCCGUGCGCGCAGGGAGGGGUGACGGACGAGCUCGGAUUACUGAAGAGCGCCACAUCCCCUGGAUCUUCACCUCAGAAAGGAUACAUUCAAGAUGUAUCCGCAGGGCCGGCAUCCGGCACCUCACCAGCCCGGGCAGCCAGGAUUUAAAUUCACAGUCGCAGAGUCUUGUGACAGGAUUAAGGAUGAAUUCCAGUUCCUUCAAGCUCAGUACCACAGUCUUAAAGUGGAGUAUGACAAACUGGCCAAUGAGAAGACUGAGAUGCAGCGACACUAUGUCAUGUACUACGAGAUGUCCUAUGGGCUGAACAUUGAAAUGCAUAAACAGACCGAGAUUUCCAAACGGCUAAAUGCAAUUCUUGCUCAAAUCAUGCCUUUCUUGUCACAAGAGCACCAACAGCAGGUCGCACAGGCUGUUGAGCGUGCUAAGCAGGUGACAAUGACAGAGUUGAAUGCCAUCAUCGGGGUACGUGGACUUCCCAAUCUGCCGCUCACCCAACCUCAUUCUGUAUAUCCUGCUCUGAUGCAGCAGCAACUUCAGGCUCAGCACCUUUCUCAUGCUGCCCACGGACCCCCGGUCCAGCUGCCCCCUCACCCCUCGGGGCUGCAGCCCCCUGGCAUUCCUCCGGUCUCUGGCUCGGGGUCCGGUCUGCUGGCACUCGGGGCUCUGGGUAGCCAGGCACAUCUGCCGGUCAAGGAUGAGAAGAACCACCAUGACCUGGAGCACAGAGAACGGGAAUCUAGCACGCAGAAUAAUUCAGUAUCGCCAUCAGACAGCUUGAGGACCAGUGAGAAACACAGAAGUUCAUCCGACUACAGUCUGGACUCAAAGAAACGCAGAGUGGAGGAGAAAGAUAACAUGAGUCGAUAUGACAGUGAUGGUGACAAAAGUGACGACCUAGUUGUGGACGUGUCUAAUGAGGAUCCGGCCACCCCAAGGGUCAGCCCAUCUCACUCCCCUCCUGAGAACGGACUCGAUAAGGCCAGAGCACAGAAGAAAGAUGCGCCCAACAGCCCUGCCUCUGUGGCCUCCUCUGGCAGCACCCCCUCGUCUAAAGUGAAGGACCACCCACACAACGACAAGUCCUCCACCCCAGGUUUGAAGUCCAACACCCCCACCCCACGCAACGAUGCUCCCACCCCAGGAACCAGCAACACCCCUGGGCUCAGGCCCAUACCUGGCAAGCCCCCUGGCAUGGAAGCACUGGCAGCACCUGCACUGCGUACACCAUUGUCAAUUGCGCCACCAUAUGGGUCUCCGUUCGCCAUGAUGGGGCACCACCCAGAGAUGAAUGGCUCAUUGACCAGUCCAGGGGUUUAUCCAGGACUGCACAUGACGGCCGCAGCUGCUGCUGCUGUUGCCUAUGGACGCUCAUCUAUGGCGGGCUUUGAUCCUCAUCCUCACAUGCGUGCUCCUGGUCUGCCAGGAAGUCUGACCUCUAUACCAGGAGGGAAACCGGCCUACUCCUUCCAUGUCAGUGCGGACGGCCAAAUGCAGCCAGUACCUUUUCCUCCAGAUGCUCUGAUUGGACCAGGCAUACCUCGUCACGCCCGCCAGAUCAACACGCUCAGCCAUGGCGAGGUGGUGUGCGCUGUUACCAUCAGCAACCCCACGCGGCACGUCUACACCGGUGGCAAGGGCUGUGUGAAGAUCUGGGAUAUCAGUCAGCCAGGCAGCAAGAGUCCUGUGUCGCAGCUCGAUUGUCUGAACAGGGAUAACUACAUCCGGUCCUGUAAAUUGCUUCCUGAUGGCCGGACUCUGAUCGUCGGAGGAGAAGCCAGCACUCUUACCAUAUGGGAUCUGGCCUCACAAACACCUCGUAUCAAAGCCGAGCUCACCUCUUCAGCUCCGGCCUGCUACGCCUUGGCGAUCAGCCCCGACGCCAAAGUCUGCUUCUCCUGCUGCAGUGAUGGAAAUAUUGCUGUCUGGGACCUCCAUAACCAAACCCUUGUCAGGCAGUUCCAGGGACACACAGAUGGGGCAAGUUGUAUAGAUAUUUCCCACGAUGGCACCAAACUUUGGACAGGUGGUCUGGACAACACAGUUCGAUCCUGGGAUCUGAGAGAGGGACGACAGCUCCAGCAGCAUGACUUCACUUCUCAGAUCUUCUCUCUGGGCUAUUGUCCAACGGGCGAGUGGUUGGCUGUGGGAAUGGAGAGCAGUAAUGUAGAGGUGCUUCAUCACACCAAGCCAGACAAGUACCAGCUGCACCUGCACGAGAGCUGCGUCCUCUCCCUCAAAUUUGCCUACUGUGGUAAAUGGUUUGUGAGCACUGGGAAGGACAAUCUCUUGAAUGCCUGGAGGACUCCCUAUGGUGCCAGCAUUUUCCAGUCAAAAGAGUCGUCAUCCGUCUUGAGCUGUGACAUCUCGGCUGAUGAUAAAUACAUCGUGACAGGGUCUGGAGACAAGAAGGCCACUGUUUAUGAAGUGAUCUACUAAAUUUACACCUCUUGACUGUUGCUUCAACAACCCGCGAAUGGAGCUAUUGAUCAGGCCUGACUUUGAAUGGAUACAAUAGGACACUCCUUCACCUUUUUCUGAAAGAUAUCGACAGUAGGAACCCAGGUUGGAAAAUUGAUUGGUCCACUCAGGAUCAAUACAAGAUGUUUUUUAAGCACCCCUGGAUUCUUACAGCAUGGAGCUGUCCUCUACUGAUCAAACUGGAAAAACUAUCCUAAGGACUCCCUGACAGCACUAAUAUAGUAAAUAUUGUCAUGACUUUGCUUUCAGUGUCCUCAUGGGAUUGUGUGUGCCUAUUCCUUCUGUAGUAUUUUUUUUCUUUUAUCUUUUCACCUUUUAACACAAAGAGAACGAUCUGUGAUGUAAUAUGAAGCAGUGCUUCAAUUUUAGCCUCCUGCUCCUUGGACAAUUUGUUAAAAAGUGUAUAUAUGGAGUAAUAAAGACGUUUUAUAAAUAUAUAUAAUUAUAUAUAUUUCCAUGUCCUGAUAUACUUGUGAUGGGUUUCUUUGUCCUUAAUGCUUGAUGAAUGUAGGUUAGGACACUUUUUUUUCUUUUCAAUUUUGAAAGCACACCCUCUGGGCUGGCUAUUUGCUAACAGUGGCUAACUCUUGUGGGAAAACCACCGUUUGGGAAUAAUUUUAAGAGACUUUGUCUUCAUUUUUUUUUCGAUUACUUUUGGUUUCUAGUCUAUGUGCUGUUAAUGGAAAUGGGAUCACGUCCUGCGGAGGUCCGAACCAAUGGAUCGCUGCAAGAAAACAGCCCAGAAGAGAGUGAGAGUCGUUUGUAAAUUGAAAGGGAUAUAAACUCUGAGGAUGACUAACUUUACUUCUUGUCUGUGCCCUUGUGUGGCGUCUUGUUGGAAAGAGGAACUCGGAUAAAGAAGUGUGAUUGUAACAUGCUGAGUUUGCAUGUAUUGUACGCUGCGAUGAGUAACUUGCCAGCUUCUCCCGUAAGCGGCCCUGCUAUAGUUUUCUGCUGAUCAAGCGGGAUAUGACUCGCCCCGAUGACUGACAGCUUAAUUCUGCUGUGAAGAGCCCCGCCCUAAUGAGCCUGCAGCCUUGUUUUUGACUUUGUCGCAGAUUUAUGUAAACCUUUUUCAUGAGGGGGUCAACUCUGGGUUUGUUUCUGUACGUUGAGCCAGUUUUCUAAUGAAUAUAUUCUUGGCCUGCACUUGACUUUGGUGAUGUGGAGGCACAGUGUGAAAUCACGUACGUGUGAGGCAGAAGAAAGCGGAUUUUAAACCCGAUCACAUUAAAUGUAGACUAUUUGAGUGGGCCCUGCAGAUAUCUGCCUCGUGGAGCCGCUGAAGAACCCGUGUUACAGUGAACUUAAAAACAAUAAAAAUCCGGACCCACCUGCCUUUCACAUCCUCUCAACUUCACACCAAAGUAUGUAGCAAACUGUGUCCGCACUGAUCAUGUACAGUUGUUAAUAAUUCAAUAAACUGUUUUUGUACAAAAAUGUCUCGUAC